AUGGGCCCAAACACAGCAUCUGUACCAUGUGGCUCAUCGCGAUGGAAAACCUUGUUAAGGACAGCGAUCCUCCUAGCUGCCUUUCCUCGACAAUCAUUUGCUGCAUAUGUCGAAGUCAAAGACUGUUACGACACUAUUCCUCAAGCAAGCUCCACAUCAUCUUUCCCACGACUCAAGAUCGAAACCCUCAGAGCAUCCCUUGACAUCAACUCCAACGUCGCGCAACUGGAGUUGGACUUAACAGGAUACUAUGCCAAUAUUAGUAGUUGCAAUGGUCAAGAUCAGGUCUUGCGUAAUAUUUCUUCGACGCUCGACAUCUCUAGUGUCACUCGAUUUCAGUCCUACAAAGGAGAAACUUCAAAGUCCUCUUGUCGCGAAUACAACUACCAAAACUACCACCACGCCCUCUUCCACCAGCAAUCAACGUACAAAGUUACACGGCCCUUCUUCCUCGACACCUUCGACUUAUCUCUCCACCUAACCGAUGCCUCAAACGUCUCCUUCGCCUGCGCCCACGCGCACAUCACGCCCUCCCUGAACGAUGCGAUCUCCACAGCCGCCCUCUGGGCACCCAUCUCAACGUUCUUGCUCAUUCUCCUCCUGGCCCUGUGGCACGAAGCUUUCCCACUUCCCUCGCGCCACCAGCAGGUCGGCCCAUUCAUCGCCGAUCCCUCGCCGUCACAUCUAACCACGAUAUCUCAAUCCCUUUCCUACAUCCAAUUCAUCUUCUUCUCCGCCUCCCUCUCCAUUCAAUACCCAGGUUUCCUCCGCGCUGUGGCCUCUAAAUCAAGCUGGUCAACACUCAUGAUCCCCCGCGGUCCCAUCCUCUCUGCAACACCUUAUUACGGCGUAAGAGACGGCAUCUAUGAAGUCAACGGCACAUUCGGCGGCACCGCAGGCCUCGAACUAAUGACGCAGGUCCUCGGCGCGCCGAUAACGAUGAGCACCUGGGUGAACAUCAUAUCGCUGUGCUUCAUCCUCCUCCUAAGCAAAGUCAUCCUCUUCCAGCUUUCUCACCGUCUGCCAUACGCCCGCACUCGAUGGUUCACAGGUGACGCCGCGCGCCGUAUGCGGGGGACCACGGACGCCGGCGUCCGUGGCACCGCAUGGACUGUACUCCGCUUGUUCCUGAGCUACUUCCUCACGCCCGUGACGGCCUGGGCGACCUACCAACUUACGGGCGCGACAUUCCUGCCCAUCUACCACACCGUCCUCACGGCUUUCGUGAUUACGCUGCUCAUCGCCGCGUUUUGGUGGGGUGUGACGCAGAACUCGCCGCGGAACAUGGGGUAUCUUCUCCUCGACUCCUCGAAACGGUUACAAACACCCGGGAGGCUGUCAAAGAGUCAGGAUCGGUACGCGAUGGCAACUUUUGCGUUGAUGUUCGUGCGUGGUGCGGCUGUAGGCGGGUUGCAGAUUGCUGGAUUUGUGCAACUCCUCGUGCUCGUAGCGUGCGAGAUUGUGCAGCUGCUAGUUAUGGGUUUCACGUGGCAAGCUUUCCCGCUGAUAAGGGUUGGGGGUUUGUUGGCAGGGGCGCAAUUGGUUGUCUUGGGGCUAUGCGUUGGGUUCCUUCCUGGUGUUGCGGAGCAUGAGGCUAAGAGUAGGUUGGGCCUCGUGAUUCUGGGAGUUCACAUUGCUGUAUUGCUUGGGGCCUUUGUCCUUCCGUCCCUGGUCCGACUCGGAGCGCUGCUGGCGCAUUCUAUCUGCUCGAUAAGAGAACGGUCGAAUGAAGCACAGGAAGAAGGCCUUGGAGAAUAUCGCCUUCGCCAUCUAAACGCUCCAGCACCUCAAAAUACCAUACCUCGUCCGAUAUCCGUUCAGACGUUCGAGAACCCCCGAAGUCCCUCAAGCUUGCUCAUGUCCCCAAUCUCAACCGCACCACUUCGGAGAGACCCCCCGCAAGAAGAUGUCCGGAGCUUAGCUGGUGUGAGGAGGCAUCGCGUUUCGCUCUUGUCAUCUAGUUCCGAAGGCUCUGCGGAGGACCCAAACGAACCAGGAAGAAUUUUGGAGGAUUUUGAUGAUAAUGAGAGGGCCGGUGAGUUGGAAUCACCGGGUCGUGAAUACGAGGCGCGGGUCGGAAGGAGGUUUUCUAGUGCUUCCAUGUUGAACUACUCGAGGCCUCUACACGGCCAGCCUCAGAGCCCCUGA